AUGCGUAGUCAGAGUCGGCGUCACGAUCAUCAUUGCGCGUCGUCAGCCUGCCUUGUCACGGUGGCGGUGAACGGAAUCACUUCUGUCGACCUUUUGAUCGCGAACUCAUCCUCACCAGAAAAGUCGUCAAGCGCGAUGGCCAAUGCAACUCAGCAGCCUGUCUCGGUCACUAUCACGCUGGAGGAAGAAGACCGAAUCGUCAAUGCCCGCAUCAUGAACGAUGACAAGCCUAUAAAGCGCGUUAUCAAGAAAUUCCACAACUACACUCAAAUCUCCCACCCUCCUCCGUUUCCUAUCAUAACAGUCGCAUCACCAGGCAGCGCGGCGACGCAGAGCGCAACGCCACUAGAAGAUGCGCGCGAGGCGUUUCUACUGGAAUUGACGUCCUUCGAGUUAAUGUUGAGGAAGAGCGUGAUGAUCUGCGAGGCUGAAGCGAGACAGGUCGAUGAAUACGAAAGGGAGACAAGGAGAAUAAAUGACGAGCAUGGGACAUUACGCGGUCAAAUCGAACAGUUGAAGACUGCCCUCGAACAGGAGCAGCUUAUGCGCAAGAGAAAGAUGGAGUACGAGUUUGUCGCUGAGAAAGUGAAUACACUCCCAAGUAGGGAAGAGCUGGAACUGAGUAUCAAGUCUCUCGAAAACGACAUGGCCACGAUACGGGAUGAACAUGAGAGACAGAACCGGGCAAUUCACACUCAAAAGGCUGCUUUAGAUGCCAUUGUCACCGACUUGAACGCGCUGCGAUCGUUGGGUCCAGAGUCUGCGGCAAUGAACGAAAUCCCUCCAGAGGAUGCAGAGGUCCCUGACGUGGAACCUGCGAAGAUGGAGAUAUCCACCAGUAUGGAUGUCGAGGAGGCGGGAUCUGAGCCUGUCGAGCCCAAAGGAGACGAUAUUGAAAUGGGAGAAGUCGAAGAACCACCCGAGAUCAAAGCCCACCAUAGAUCGAAACAGCGACUGGAGGAGCGAGAAGAGGGAGAGGCUAGUGACCCCGAGAGUAGCGACUUGUCCGAACCCCCAGACGACAUUUGAAUACCAUUCUAACUAGCUGUAGAUCCCGAUCCGGGAGCUCAUGGUGGCGGCGGAAGAGUUACUGCCAUCAAAUCCCGAGCGCAGGUUACUUCCUGCCCAUACUCCUCCGCUGCCAAAUUACCGAUGGCAGUCAUGACUUGCUUGGCCGACUCGUCGACGUCGUCGUCCCCUCGGUAACGGGCUGAAAAAUGAUUGAGGAUGAGACGUUUGGCUCGGAUGCGUUUGGCGAAGGCGCCCGCCAUCUGAGGUGUUGAAUGGCCCCUGGAGCGUGUUCUCUUCUCGACGCUCUGGAAGGUGUCCGACUCCUUGGCCUCUGAUUCGAUCCCGGGCAGAUGUGCGUUGGUCGCUUCAUGAAUGAGCAGGUCCGCGUCCAUGGCCAUCGACGCGAUUGGGGAGGGAUUGUUCGUGUCCCCGAGGAUGACUACUUUGCGACCCGGUUUUCGUGGCGGGCCGUGCAAGAUGGUUCCAUCAGUCAGCUCGACACUGUUCCCCUGCUGCAGUUGGCUCAUCACGGCGAUGGGGGUGUUCGUCCUCUUGAGCUCUGGAAUGUACUUUUUCGGGUCCAUCUUGCCCGGAAGAGACUUUUCUGUGAUCACGUAUCCGAUGCAUGGAACAGAGUGGUAGAUAGGGGCGGCUGAUACGGACACGGAGCCGUUUUCGAGAAUGUUGGACCACACCCCGUCAAUUUGAGGGAUGUUGCGGCCAAAUGGUGAUUCGGCACGGUGUCGCGGAAGAGCGCAAUGGUCCCCGUUUGGAGGAUCUCGGCGAGAACGUAGUUCGUGGACGACGUAUGCGUUGCCCAGCAGGGUGUGGGUGAUCGGUCAAUGAGAUCAGAGAAAGUUGGAAAGCUGAUAUCGGCGCACGGGAUUGUUCACGUCGAUAUGCGAUCGAACGUCCUCUGCUCCGUCCGUCCCUCCGUGUCCACCGAGAAGGCCUGCAAGAAGAGGGCCAACACCAAAACAAUGAUCCCCUUCACCCACAAUCAGUCGGUUUGAGUGAUAGUGACGAGUAAUGCGCACCGUGUAGAUGCGUCAGAAAUAUUUUCUCGAUCUUCCCCAUCUUGACUGCACUUUUUUGUAGCCUCGACUGUGUUCCCUCUGCCCGAAUAUUACACCCCAACCCGGAAUCAAAGAGGCCGAGUGUACCAACCUCCGCAGUCAAAUAACCAGACAUCAGCCGAGAGGCGGAACGCGAGGGACGAAUGGACGCGAGUCGAGGAUGGUUGCGCAGAGGCAGUUCCGAGGAAGGUCACUUCCAUAUCCAGUGGAGCUUUAGCACCCGCAUUAUCUUUAUCGCUCUUUUUCGAUUUGGGGGUAUUAGCGGGCUUGGUCGUCGAGGCAGAUACUGCCGUCGAAGCCAUUCUCUGAGUGAUGUGAGAAAGAAAUCAACGACAGUUGGGUAUUGUCACACCCGCGCAAGUAUAUGUUUAGUAGAAAGAGUUGAAAUGACUCCGACGCUGCGAAUAAGAGAUCUCAUGCAUGUGCUCUGACUCGGAAUGCUCGAAACUUGAAGUUUAAUGCGGUGGCAUAAGUCAAGAAGGUGAUAGGCGUCAUACCUGUAGAAUAUGAAUUUCAGCCAAUCUCUAGUCCCAGUUUCAGUGCAGGGCCUGAGUUGAGUUGCAGUUAACAUUAAGA